AUGUAUUGGUUAAUUGUAAUAUUUCUUAUAAUAGUUUAUUCUUAUUUUCACAUAAAGAAAUGUAAGAAUUUCUACAAAAAUAAAGGUAUAGAGCCUGGCAACUUACUACCCAUAUUCGGCGACAAUUUUAAAAUGAUGUUUCGUUUGGAAAAUUUAGCAGAAUAUAUAUCCAGAACAUAUUCCAGAGAACCCGGAAAAAGAGUAUAUGCGGUAAACAACAUGGGUAACAAUUAUCUAGGCAUAAAAGACCCAGAGUUAAUCAAACAGAUCACAGUUAAAGACUUUGAUCACUUUACGGAUCAUCUGCAGUUUCUCGAGACCGACUUGGAUCCUCUAUGGUCGAAAAACCUUGUCGCCUUGACGGGAAAAAAGUGGCGCGACAUGCGUACAACCCUUUCGCCGGCGUUUACAAGCAGCAAAAUGAAGCUGAUGUUCACUUUGAUUCAAGACGCGUCCAAAACCUUCGUGGACCAUUUCGAGAAGCAAAAUCAAGACGUCGUCGACGUGGAAUUCAAAGACGUGUUUACUAGAUUCACCAACGAUGUUAUAGCGACCACUGCGUUCGGUAUAAAAGUCGACUCUCUAGCAGAAAGAAACAAUACGUUCUAUUUGAUGGGCAAAGAGGCGACCAACUUCACAAGCUAUUUGCUACUCAUAAAAUUCAUGAUAUUAUCAAUUAUGCCCACAGUUGCCAAAAUAUUUAAGCUAGGCGUUUUCAGCCAAUCAGUGGCGAAAUUUUUUAGAUCGACAAUCAAGGAAACAAUUGAAGUGCGCGAAAAAAACAACAUCGUCAGGCCAGACAUGAUCAACUUGCUCAUGGAGGCCUCGUUCGCCUCGGUGGAGGAAUCUUUAACUGCAAAAGUGAAAGAGGUGAAGCAACAAUUAACAGACGAUGAUAUAACAGCACAAGCCUUGAUUUUCUUUCUUGGAGGAUUCGAUUCAGUAUCAAAUUUGAUGUGUUUUACCGCCUAUGAGUUGGCUGCAAAUCCAGACAUACAAGAUAUGGUGAGAAAGGAAGUUUUGGACACAGUGGAAGAAGCUAACGGCGAAAUAACCUACGAGGGUGUAAUGAAGAUGAAAUACUUGGACAUGGUUAUAUCAGAGAGUCUGCGUAAGUGGCCCAAUGCACCUCAAACAGACAGAUUGUGCAUCAAACAGUACAAAAUCGAGCCCGCUUCACCAGAUGAGAAACCCAAAACUUGGGAAAAAGGAGAGCCAGUUUGGAUACCAAUAUAUGCUCUUCAUAGAGAUCCGGAAAAAUUCGACCCCGAGCGUUUCAGCGAAGAAAACAAGUCGAAAAUAGUUCCAUACACGUAUCUGCCGUUUGGUGCGGGCCCUAGAAACUGCAUAGGUUCGAGAUUUGCUCUACUAGAAGCCAAACUGGUCCUGUGCGAAUUGCUAAGGAAAUUCCAAAUAUUGCCAACAAAAAAAUCACAAAUUCCACUAAAACUUGGCACGGGUUCAUUCGCGUCUGUUCCCAAAGGCGGAUUCAACUUUGGUUUCAAAAAACUUUAA